UGACUGGGAGCCGCAGGGCCCCGCCCCGAGCAGCUCUGCCGGACCCCCCGCGCCCCGCCUCCAUCCCGCCCCGAGUGGGCAGCGGCUCCCGCAGCAGGGCCCGCGCCUCUGUCUUGGUGAAGCGCGGGGUCCACACCGCUCUCCCGCCAGCCCCGCCGCAGCCAUGGGUGCCCCCGCGUCGCCGCUGCUCUUCCUGCUCCUGCUGCUGCCAGUGGCCAGCACCUCAGAAGCAGAGCACCGUCUGUUUGACCACCUGUUCGAAGAUUACAACGAGAUCAUCCGGCCAGUGGCCAAUGUGUCAGACCCAGUCAUCAUCCAGUUUGAAGUGUCCAUGUCUCAGCUGGUGAAGGUGGAUGAAGUAAACCAGAUCAUGGAGACCAACCUGUGGCUCAAGCAAAUCUGGAAUGACUACAAGCUGAAGUGGAACCCCUUGGACUAUGGUGGGGUGGAGUUCAUGCGAGUCCCGGCACAGAAGAUCUGGAAGCCUGACAUUGUGCUGUAUAACAAUGCAGUUGGGGACUUCCAGGUGGACGACAAGACCAAGGCUUUGCUUAAGUACACCGGGGAGGUGAUGUGGAUCCCCCCAGCCAUCUUCAAGAGCUCCUGCAAAAUCGACGUGACCUACUUCCCGUUUGAUUACCAAAACUGCACCAUGAAAUUCGGGUCGUGGUCCUACGACAAGGCGAAAAUCGACCUGGUCCUGAUUGGCUCCUCCGUGAACCUCAAGGACUACUGGGAGAGUGGCGAGUGGGCCAUCAUCAAGGCCCCCGGCUACAAACACGACAUCAAGUACAACUGCUGCGAGGAGAUCUACCCCGACAUCACCUACUCGCUGUACAUCCGCCGCCUGCCUCUCUUCUACACCAUCAACCUCAUCAUCCCGUGCCUGCUCAUCUCCUUCCUGACUGUGCUGGUCUUCUACUUGCCCUCUGACUGCGGCGAGAAGGUCACCCUCUGCAUCUCCGUCCUCCUGUCCCUGACCGUCUUCCUCCUGGUCAUCACGGAGACCAUCCCCUCCACCUCGCUGGUGAUCCCCCUAAUCGGCGAGUACCUCCUGUUCACCAUGAUCUUCGUCACCUUGUCCAUCGUCAUCACCGUCUUCGUGCUCAACGUGCACUACAGAACCCCGACCACACACACCAUGCCCACCUGGGUGAAGACCGUCUUCUUGAACUUGCUCCCCAGGGUCAUGUUCAUGACCAGGCCUGCCAACAGUGAGGCCGACACUCCGAAACCCAAGCCCUUCUACAACGCUGAGCUGGCCAGCCUGAACUGCUUCAGCCGCCCGGAGCCCAAGGGCUGCAAGGAAGGCUACCCGUGCCAGGAUGGGCUGUGCGGCUACUGCCGCCACCGCAGGAUAAAGAUCUCCAACUUCAGUGCCAACCUCACCAGGAGCUCCAGCACCGAAUCUAUGGACGCCGUGCUGUCCCUCUCUGCUUUGUCCCCGGAAAUCAGAGACGCCAUCCAAAGCGUCAAGUAUAUUGCUGAAAACAUGAAGGCGCAAAAUGAAGCCAAAGAGAUUCAAGAUGAUUGGAAGUAUGUUGCCAUGGUGAUCGAUCGUAUUUUCCUGUGGGUCUUCAUCCUAGUGUGCAUUCUGGGGACAGCAGGGCUGUUUCUGCAGCCCUUAAUGGCCAGGGAUGAUGUGUAAGCACCGAGUUGUUUGCAUGAGGGCUGCUUCUGUGUGCAUGGAGGUAAGAGGCUGUUUACUCUUACUGUUCAAAGUAUUCUUAAAGCCAAUGACACUGAACAGAAAAGUGAUCACCUUAACCAUUUUUAAAUGGAUAGUUCAGUGACAUGAAGUAUUUUCCCACUGCUGUGUAACCAUAACUACUGUCUGUCCUAAAACCCUUGCGACUUACAAAACAAGAACUCUCUAUUAAAUAACUGCCAGAUCUCCCUUCCCCCAGCCCCUGCCAACCACAUUUCUACUUUGUCUUUAUGAUUUUGACUACUAUAAAUACUUCAUGUAAAUGGAA